GGAAGUACGCGGAAGUUAAGCCCCUUGUUUCCUCUGGGUUAGCUACCGCAGGACGUUAGCUACAGCCAUGUUAAGCUAGUUCAGAGCCCAGUGGUGACCUUCCUGGUAAGUUAGUAAAGACUAAGAAAAUGUGACGCUCCUCUAUCUACGUUUCGGACAUAGGAGGCUGGCUAAUUGUGCUGAAAAUGUCAGUGUUUAGCUUCACUGCUACGCGCACAUGCCGUGUUGUGUCACUGAAAAUCAUCCGGGCUCCAUUUAACCUGUUAAGAAACGAUGGACACUCGGUACCAAACGUGGUAAACUUCAACAGAAGAAACAGCAGCUGUCUGCAGAGCCGCAGCACUAAUGUAUCACGUCUGUUCAGCUCUCAACUUCACAACCCAAAGGUACCCGAGGUUCCAACAUGGGAACCAGUGCCAGAGGACCAACUGCCCCCGCCUUCAGAAAUCCCUGCAGACCUGGUGGACAAACUGGAGCGACUGGCCUUGGUUGAUUUCCGAACCAAACAGGGACUGGACUGUUUGGAGAAAGCCAUACGAUUUGCAGAUCAGCUUCACGUUGUUGACACGUCCAGCGUUGAACCAAUGGAUUCAGUUCUAGAGGACAGGGCUCUAUACCUGAGGGACGAUGCAGUGAAAGAAGGAGACUGUGCUGAAAAACUGCUUCAGCUCUCUAAAAACACAGUGGAAGAAUAUUUUGUGGCACCACCAGGAAAUAUUCCUUUACCAAAGAGGGAGGAGAGGGCUGCCAUACUGAAACACUCAGAGCUCUGAUAUUUAUGAAUUUGUCCUCUGAAUUUCUUACCAGUGCUUUUAUUUACAGACUGGAUGUGUCUUAGAAGAAAGUAUGUGUCAGAUCUGUUGGCUGAGGACAAGACUUGGUCACUUCACUGCUGAUCUGUCAGGAAGCUUUGUCAGACAGUACAGGAAAAAUAAAAAAGCUGCAGGUCAUUUAUGUUCAUUUUUCAGUUUCACUUAACACCUGUGGUUAAAUGUUUUUGUUUAGUUUCACUACCAGUUCAUAAAAAUGGGGAGUGAACAGUGUGCCAGGGCAGAGGCUGUGGUCAGGCUAUUCAGUGCAAUUGUUUUGAUUUGUGAUUUCCAUUAUUAUUUUCAUGUGUCUUGUUUUUUUAACUAAUAAAAAAAGAAAUCCUUAA